AACAAAUUAUAUUUAAUACAGACAUUUGGAGAAGAGAGAGAUAAAAUUGGAGGCAGUGAGGUGCGAGGCGACCGAUUCAAAGCGAGGUUCUCGCUAAGAAGGGCGCAAUCCGAAAUCUAUGAUGAGAGGGAGCACGGGACGAAGGUGGCGAUGCUACAAAGCAUUGUCGUUUUCACUCUCAUUCUCUUUAUGUUGAACCUUCUCAGCAUCGCCAUCCUCGUCUUCGCCUUCAGACCAUGGCGCUUUUUCUUCUACUCCUAUCACUCUCGCACCGUCAAGGUUGGUGAAUUGGAGCGAUCUCUUGUAUCAAAUGAUGUAGAUGUAGCCCUAGAUCAAAGCAACAAUUUGACAAGAAAUUAUGAUUUAGACGGACAGUGUCACCGAACUGAAGCUCUUCUGCGGUCACCUCGUCGUACUCAAGGACUUAAUCACAAACAACGGCUUUCCUUUGCAUCUCCCUGUUCGGCUCUGGGUGAUAGUGUGGUUCUAGAUGUAUCUGAUCCUUUACAGGGUAUUUUGGUUGGUGAGACACUAAAGCGUCCAUUUGGGACAGAGCACUUUGUUCAACUACAAAAAUAUGGUAGGCCAGAAAAACAAAGUCAAAACUUGACAUUUGGUGCAGAAAAUGAUAGGCCACAGGAGUCUGGGCCAAAUGCCACCAGUGAUCAAAGAAGUUGCCUCUCUCUUGAGGUUGUGUCGGGUCCUUCUUGUGGACUUCAAUGUUCUGUAUUGUCAACGAGCACCGUAAAGGAACCGUUUACCCUUGGAAGAGUUCCUCCAAGUAAUUUAUUAUUGAAAGAUUUAGAGGUUUCCGGAAAGCAUGCAAGGAUAAAUUGGAAUUCAAAUAAAUUGAGAUGGGAGCUGGUGGACAUGGGUAGUCUGAAUGGAACACUGUUGAAUUCUCGUCCAAUUAAUCAUCCUGGUUCUGGAAGUAGGCAAUGGGGUAACCCGGUGGAACUUGCAAGUGGAGACAAAAUAACUGUUGGUACAACCUCAAAUAUUUAUGUUCAUAUUUCAUCCCAAAAUGAUCACUUGGUCCCUUUUGGAGUUGGUAUGACUUCAGACCCUAUGUCAUUGCGUCGAGGAGGAAAGAAGUUUCCUAUGGAAGAUGUCUGCUAUUAUCAAUGGCCUCUUCCUGGCAUUGAUCAGUUUGGAGUUUUUGGCAUCUGUGAUGGACAUGGUGGUGUUGAGGCGGCCAAAUCUGCAAGCAAGAUUCUGCCUGAGAUGGUUGCUACCAUUUUAUCAGAUUCUGUAAAAAGAGAGAGGGUUGUUUCCCAACAUGACUGCUCAGAUGUUCUUAGAGAUGCAUUCUCUCAGACAGAAGCACAUAUGGAUAACUAUUAUGAGGGCUGUACAGCAACACUGCUUCUGGUUUGGGCUGAUGCUGAUGACAGUUUAUUUGCACAAUGUGCAAAUGUUGGAGAUUCAGCUUGUUUUAUUAACGUGGAUGGUAAACAGAUUAAGAUGACUGAAGACCAUAAAAUAUCGAGUUAUUCUGAAAGAGUCCGAAUGGAAGGAACUGGGGAACCAUUAAAAGACGGGGAAACACGGUUAUGUGGUUUGAACCUCGCUAGAAUGCUUGGAGACAAAUUUGUGAAACAGCAAGAUUCCCGCUUUAGUUCUGAGCCCUAUAUAAGUCAAGUUGUGCGUAUCAAUAAAACAAGCAGGGCAUUUGCGCUACUGGCAAGUGAUGGAUUGUGGGAUGUUAUUAGCUUUAAGAAGGCAAUUCAGAUAGUUGUACAGAUGAGGGAGAGAUAUUCGAACGAUAAGGGGAAUUUGGCAGAGAAGAUUGCUGAUGUUUUAUUGAACGAGGCUCGAACUCUGCGAACAAAGGAUAACACCUCUCUUAUUUUCUUAGAUUUCGACACCACUUCCACAGUUCCUCCUUGUGGAGUCCAUCCCUGAUGUGCAUUUCAAGGCUUUGUAGUGUGAUUUUUUUGAUUAAUUAUUUCGAUGUUAUUUUCUGCUUGUAAUCACCCUUCCUUUAGGCCUUAGCCACAUUGAUGGCUGCUUCAGUGGAAUCUACUGUUUUCUCUCUUGCU